UCCCACCGACAAGUCGAUACCCUCCAAAUAACUCAAAAUGGCCAAGAUCUCUCGUGGUGCCCCCGGUGGCAAGCUCAAGAUGACCCUGGGUCUCCCAGUCGGUGCCAUCAUGAACUGUGCAGACAACUCCGGCGCACGAAACCUGUACAUCAUCUCCGUUAAGGGCAUCGGUGCCCGCCUGAACAGGCUGCCCGCCGGUGGUGUCGGUGACAUGGUCAUGGCCACCGUCAAGAAGGGAAAGCCUGAGCUCCGAAAGAAGGUCCACCCCGCCGUUAUCGUCCGCCAGUCCAAGCCCUGGAAGCGCACCGACGGUGUCUUCCUGUACUUCGAGGACAACGCUGGUGUCAUCGUCAACCCCAAGGGUGAGAUGAAGGGAUCCGCCAUCACUGGCCCCGUCGGAAAGGAGGCUGCUGAGCUGUGGCCCCGUAUCGCCUCCAACUCUGGUGUUGUGAUGUAAAUGGGGACGCUGGCGAAGGUGGGAUGAUUUCCGUGCGAGGAUCAGCGACGAAGGAAACGGGUCAUACAGAAGAACGAUCCUAUACGAAUCCGAGACCAGAAAGGCUCGGCAAUGAACGGGCUUUCACGGCGUGACUGGCAAAAAGAGAAGUCAGGCUUUGCAUUUUUUUUCGGCUGGCGUGUAACGGAGGUUCAUACCAAUGGCAUGAAAUUCACCGACCAAGGGGAAAAGGUCGGUUCAGCUGGUGCCCGUUCUAUCUGCCCGAAUGCUGCGAGGCGAAAUGGCCUGAUAGCACAAGAUUCCAGUGUCAAUGACCAAACACGCUUCACGAGGUGUCGAUCA